AUGGCUCUUAAGCGCAUUAACAAGGAACUCACUGACCUCGGCCGUGACCCGCCCUCUUCCUGCUCUGCUGGUCCCGUUGGUGAAGAUCUGUUCCACUGGCAAGCAACUAUCAUGGGCCCUUCAGACUCGCCUUACUCUGGCGGUGUUUUCUUCCUUGCCAUCCACUUCCCUACAGACUACCCAUUCAAGCCUCCCAAGGUGAACUUCACCACCCGCAUCUACCACCCAAAUAUCAACUCAAAUGGCAGUAUCUGCCUGGACAUUCUUCGUGACCAGUGGAGCCCCGCGUUGACAAUUUCCAAAGUUCUUCUGUCCAUCUGCUCUAUGCUGACGGACCCGAACCCUGAUGAUCCGCUCGUUCCCGAGAUUGCCCACGUCUACAAAACCGAUCGCCCACGCUACGAGGCGACGGCCAGGGAGUGGACUCGCAAGUAUGCCAUCUAA